CGGCUGAAUGAGGGUUGCUGUGUUUGAAUGGAAAUCAGUGAUUUACCGCGGACGAGGUGGGAAUCGGGGUCAUUAAGAGACGACUGUGAAUUGUUGUGAAGACAAUCAGCUACCCCUGUGGACGGCGGGACGGGGGGGACGAGGAAUUUGAAUCCUGCUUGAAGCCGGCGAGGAGGGAAAAAAAGAAUAUGGGCCAAGGGACGGGACAAUCUGGGGGAGCAGAGGGAAGGAGAGAGGGCGAGAGAGCAGUUGAGAGACGGAUAAAGGAGUUAUAGACAGAGGGAAACACUGGUAAAAAUACUCCUCUGGAUCCAGAAAAAACUUUUUUACAACUUGAUUUGAGACUGACAAGUUUGGUCCCGCUUUUGCUGUGGUUCUGCAGUUCAAACAGCGAACUAUCCGUAUUUUCUUUCUGCGCUGAGGGAGAGCGAGAGAGAGGGAGAGAGAGAGAGGGGGAGAGAGAGAGAGAGAGAGAGAGAGAAAACUGUAAGGGAAUGUUAACUAUGGACUGGAGAUAAAACGUCACUGCAAGCAGAAACAAAUCACAGACGGCAUUCUAUCUGUUUCGACUUUGAAAUAGUUACUCGCAACAGUAAGAACAAGUUGGGAAGGCGAAGAGUCAGAGCUAGUGGAAUAAAUACCUGUGGAGUGGAGAACUUAGAUUUAAAUCGGUCGGAAGUACAACCACAAAACUUUUUUAGGGCACAACUCGGAUGAGUUUACUUAACUCUAUUGUAAUGCGGACAUGCGAACUGGAGUCGCGAGCUACAAGUUAAAAGGUCGAACCGUGAAUUAUUGUGGAGGUGCGCUGCUUGAAAGGACAGCUAUGGGGAGCGAGUGGCUGGGACGGGUGAUGCUGUUCUCGGCUGGGCUUCUGAGUUUAGGAUCUGAAAGCACUUUGGCAGAGCUGCAGUUCAUCCGUAGCCCCGGUAACGUGACAUCGUCGCUAGGGAAGCCGGUGAAGGUGGAGUGCACGCUUCAGGUUCGAGGCGGAGAUGACGAAUAUGCCCCCGACGUGAUCUGGCAGAGGGACAGACAGCUCCUGGAUGACGCCGAGACCAACCAGGUCCAAGUUCCGGUGGCUUCCAACACCUGGAUGGUCACCAGCACUCUCAGGAUAGACAAGGUGCAGCUAGCUGACAUGGGCUCUUACCGUUGUGCUGUGAUGUCAGAGGAACACCAUGUUGUUUCUCUUGAGGGACAUAUCCAGCUCGAGGGUCUCCCUCACUUCUCGGUGGAACCCCGUCACCAUUCGGUGGUGGCCAACGUGUCCCUGAGUCUUCAGUGUGUGGCCCUAGGCCCCCCGGAGCCGGUCCAUGUCAUCUGGCUUCAGGACGGAGCACCUCUGAACAGACUGGAAGACCCUGUGGCCCUGUCCCCCUCUACGCUCAAUAUAACUGGUCUGAACCGAACCAGUACAUUCUCCUGUGAGGCCCACAAUCGUAAAGGAGUGGCUACGUCUGGGUCUGGGACCGUCACAGUCCUGCCAUCCCAGCCCCUGAAAGUAACAGCUGUGGAGGUCACCAACUCCAGCCUCCUCCUCACCUGGCAGCCUGGCUUUGGAGGUGUCUAUCCCAUAACCCACUGCACUGUACAGGCCAGGCGUUCAGGAGAGGACGUGGCUGUCGAUGGGCUGCACCGCAUGAUCCACAACCAGAAUGUGAAUGUGCCGCCAGCCAGCUACCAGAUCCGAGGCCUGGAUCCUCACAGUCUGUACGCGGUGCGACUGGCCUGCCACAGCUCUCAGGGGGCCUCGGACUGGACCCCCUGGGUCACGCUCCAAACCGAGGAAGGAGUACCCGAUGGUCCUCCAGGGAACCUGACGGCUGAGUUGAACGGGACCGAUGUGAUGGUCAGCUGGGAUGAGCCCAGGGGGAAGAUCAACGGAGACCUGCAAGGAUACCUGCUGGAGUACCGCACCUCCACAAUGGAACCGGCUAUGCUGGACACAGGUCUUCACACGGAACAGUCCAUAAAUCUGUCACUUCCUCUGUCCAACGUGUCCUUCAGGGUGUGUGCCUACACUGGGGCAGGGCCGGGACCAUGGACCCCCCUACACACCCUCAACCUCACCCCCUCUGAAAGGGGAGAGCAACAAUCCAGAGGUAUCUCCAUGCUCCCGCCCUUCUCCUGGCACUGGUGGUAUGUUGUCAUGGCAAUAGCUGUUGCCGUGGCGCUGGCGGUCUUCAUGGCGUUAUAUGUGGCCAAACUACGACGCAAAGAGACACGCUUUGGAGAAGCAUUUGAGCCCAUGAUGGAGAGCGGAGAGCUGGUUGUGAGGUACAGAGCAAGACGUACAUACAGCCGAAGAACCACAGAGGCCACAUUGAACACCCUGGGCAUCAGUGAGGAGCUGAAACAGAAGCUGCAGGAUGUGAUGGUGGACAGACACAAACUAACCCUGGGAAAGACUCUUGGAGAGGGAGAGUUUGGCUCUGUGAUGGAGGGAUCACUGAUCCAGGAGGAGUCUGUCCUCAAAGUGGCCGUGAAGACUAUGAAGAUUGCCAUCUGCACUCGCUCGGAGAUGGAAGACUUCCUGAGAGAAGCUGCCUGCAUGAAGGAGUUCGACCACCAGAAUGUCAUGAGGUUGUUGGGAGUUUGUCUUCAGACAGUAGAGAGUGAAGGCUACCCCUCCCCUGUGGUCAUCCUGCCCUACAUGAAACAUGGAGAUCUGCACAGCUACCUGCUCUACUCACGCCUUGGGGACUGCCCUGUGUACCUCCCAUCUCACAUGCUGGUGAAGUUCAUGAUGGACAUCGCCAAGGGGAUGGAGUAUCUCAGCUGCAAGAACUUUAUCCACAGAGACCUGGCCGCCAGGAACUGCAUGCUUAAUGAGAACAUGAACGUGUGUGUUGCUGACUUCGGCCUGUCUAAGAAGAUAUACAACGGAGACUACUAUCGGCAGGGGCGUAUCUCUAAGAUGCCCGUCAAAUGGAUUGCCAUCGAGAGCCUGGCUGACCGUGUCUACACCACCAAGAGUGACGUAUGGUCAUUCGGGGUGACAAUGUGGGAGAUUGCCACACGUGGACAGACUCCGUACCCAGGGGUGGAGAACAGUGAGAUCUACGACUACCUGAGACAAGGCAACCGCCUCAAACAGCCUCCGGAUUGCCUGGACAGCAUCUAUGCCAUGAUGUUCUCCUGCUGGUUGUUAAGUCCUAAGGACCGCCCGCAGUUUGAAACUCUGCGCAGGGAGCUGGAGAAGACCCUCAAGGAUCUCCCAGACCCACAGGACCCAGAUGAGAUCCUGUACGUCAACAUGGACGAGUCCCUGGAGCCGGGGCCCCUGGGGGCCGUGGGCGGGAGGGACCCGGCCGGGGGGCUAAAGGGGCGGGACUCUGUGGCCACGGUGGAUGUACACCACACCCACCCCAGCCGCUACGUCCUGUGCCCCCAGCAUGACUCCAACACCAACCGCCUGCUCUCAGACUCCCUGGAGAGUCUCAACCUGGUGUCCUCCUCCUCCGCCACACUGCCCCUGGGCGCAACCCUGUCCCUGCAGCGCUUCGGCUGCUCCACCCCAGCCCCAACACCGCCCCCCACGGCAGAUAUUCAGGGCAACAGGGAUGGACUGAGGAUGGCCUCCUGGCAGUGACAGGGUCUCAGCACUGUCACGAACUGAUGCAGGCGAGUCAAUACACACGGGUCAGUACUAUCAGAACUAUUUCUCCUGUGUGGAUCACUGGCUCUGUAACCUGCUACCUGACUCACAGACAGACCAUGACAGACUGGCCGACUGGUCAGUACAGACUGGCCGACUGGUCAGUACUGACUGGUUAAUGGAAACUUCCAAGACUUCCAUCUCCCCAAGAACAAUACAAUUCCUGUUGGUGUCAACUGUCACAGACUGACUGACAGUGGCAUCUGUUAUACAAGCCUCAAAAAUGUGUCCUUCAUCUUGACCUUGACCUGAUCUUAUUUAUAAGAUCUGAUCACAGAUUUUAACGGUCUACACCUAUGUACUAUUGUGGGCAGAAUCAGAAUCUGGACCGUAAUGAGAACUGAGGCUGCAUGUUAGAACAAGGUGUAAACAGAGCCAGAGAACUGAGCCUUGGUUUUGGCUCAGAUUAAUAUAAAAGUGUUCCUACACACACAUUUAGCACAAACUCACUCCUACACACACCCAUUCACACUCUGCCAUUCACACUCCUACAAACACCCAUUCACACUCUGCCAUUCACACUCCUACAAACACCCAUUCACACUCUGCCAUUCACACUUCUACAAACACCCAUUCACACUCUGCCAUUCACACCACUACCAACACCCAUUCACACUCUGUUAUUCACACUCCUACAAAUACCCAUUCACACUCUGCCAUUCACACUUCUACAAACACACAUUCACACUUUGCCAUUCACACUGUCAUUCACACUCCUACAAACACCCAUUCACACUCUGCCAUUCACACUUAUACAAACACCCAUUCACACUCUGCCAUUCACACUUCUACAAACACCCAUUCACACUUUGCCAUUCACACUCUGCCAUUCACACUCCUACACAUGCCCACGCUGUCUAAAUGUAUACACAGGAGACACGUCACCACGGCCCCUCCUCACAGCUCACAUCCGUCCGGUUGGAUGGUGGCUGUAGUUACCACAGAUCCUAGACGGUCCCUCACACCGUGAUGUGGGGGAGAGGAACAACAUGUCAGUCCCUUCCCUCCGUACCACCUGUAGCACAGUCAGAGACACGUUUAAAGCCAGGUGAACAUACCGUGCUCUGUCAACCAGAGAUAACACGCUAAUGCGUCGGACUCCUUUCACGACGAACUGAGACGAACCUGAUCAACCAGCUCACAUCCUGCCAUAUUGUUAUCUGCAUAAGAGUACCAGCUGAAGAGCCUGCCUGCCACAAAGUGAGUCCAGUAUACACUGUCAACUCAGGUGCUGCUGUUAGUGAGGAGUUCUGGUGAGCGUUGGAGCCGAGGACUAAACCACCAUUGUGUGUCAAUAAAACCACCGCUGUAAUACGGUAAUACGGUGCUGCCUGUGAAAGAAACGGGAGGACGACUCAUUAUAUGUUCUGAAGUGGAGUCAUUGGAAUCAAGCCAAUCAUACACAUUUACAUAUUUACAUCUAUUCAGCAGAGGCUCUCAGCCAAAGCACUUCACAGUAGCGUGCGUGUUCCAUUCUAUCAGCUUGUAACCGUUCGGUCGACUCUGUCCAGGCUGUUUUCCGUCCAGGCUGUUCUCCAUCCAGGCUGUUCUCCGUCCAGGCUGUUUUCCGUCCAGGCUGUUCUCCGUCCAGGCUGUUUUCCGUCCAGGCUGUUCUCCGUCCAGGCUGUUUUCCGUCCAGGCUGUUCUCCGUCCAGGCUGUUCUCCGUCCAGGCUGUUCUCUGUCCAGGCUGUUCUCUGUCCAGGCUGUUCAUCCUUCCGUCACUUCGUCUUGGUCUUCUCUUCUUGUUUUAUCUUGUGAAUGGAAAAGAAAAAAAGGAAGAGCCACAGUGACUCAGUUUGGAGCAGCUGUUAAGAAUAUAGCAUAACAUCCAGGUCCCUGUGGCAAAUUAAAGGGGAAAGUUAUUUUGAGCAUGGUAGGGGUCAGUUAAACCCAGCUAUAAUUCCCCAUGUCUAAUUGAAACCUUUGAAGAAAAUUGGAAUGUUGGUUUACUCCUUUAAUUAAUUGUUAUUGACAUGGUUUGACCCACAGCAACCUGAUGGUUACUAUGGUUACCUGGGGAUAACGAUAGCUACUCGAUGGUUACUAUGGCUACCUGAGGAUCACUGAGACUUUCUCUGUGUCACCAUGGCUACCUGGGGGUCACACCAAAAGCCUUCUGCUUUCCAAUGUUGUAGAUCAAAGCACAGUGUUACUUUUAUACAAAAUUGUUUGUAUGUAUGAUUUCUUCAGUUUUUAUAUAUAAGAUCUUGCACUAAUGUUUUAUAUAUAUAUAUAUAUAUAUAUAUAUAUGUAUCAUUGAUAUUUUUGUAUGUAAUUUUCCGCAUACUAUUGUUUUUGUUUCAAUGUUUUUUUUGUGUAUUUUUCAGGUACUACAGGUUCCUUGGAAAACCUGUUUGUCCUCUAAUCUUUUCCCUGAUGAAACCUGUUUGUCAGUUACAGUGUCAGCUGCAUAAACCACAAAAAAGCACACACCAAAGGCUAGCAUGAAUUGAAAUAGAGUAGUUAUCUGUUUUUCAUUUCUUUCAGCUGUUAUAAUCUUGCAUGGGACCCUGAGAUGUUUCACAAUGUUGUUGUAGUCCUGAACAGGCCCACCUGAUUACAGGCUGAACAGGCCCACCUGAUUACAGGCUGAGCAGGCCCACCUGAUUACAGGCUGAACAGGCCCACCUGAUUACAGGCUGAACAGGCCCACCUGAUUUCAAUCUGAACAGGCCACCUGAUUACAACUUGAACAGGCCCAUUUGAUUAGAACUUGAACCGGCCCACCUGAUUACAGUUUGACCAGGCCCACCUGAUUACAGACUGAACUGGCCCACCUGAUUACAGGCUGAACUGGCCCACCUGAUUACAGGCUGAACUGGCCCAUGUUAAUCAAAGACUUGAUGAUUAGCUGACAAGUCAAAUCAGGGGUGCUAGCCCUGGAAUAGAUCACAUGGGAUGCUUGAGGUUUCCUGGGGAGAAAGUUGAAGACCUCAAAGCCUACUUUUCUAAAUCUAAUAUUAUGGUAGUUGAUUUUAUAAUUCAAUCACUGAAAAAAAUGCUGUUUAAAUAUUAAAAUGUAGGUUCAAUUGGUUAAUUUAAAAAAAUAAUUUUCCAGUCUGAGUGUUUUGGGGGGGGGGGGGUGAGUAGUUUUGGGAGAGGAUCGAGAUGCAGCAGGUACUUGGUGCAUUAAGAGUCAAAAGAACAUACCGGGAGUGAAAACAAUCUUGAGUUAUUCAAAAGGUUGUUCAGACACUGUAAAGAUGGGGUGUACUUGAUCCUGUUUUGGACUUGGUACAUUAUCUUUGGUACAUUAUUCAACAGUGCCCAGACAGCAGGUACAGUUUUGUGUGUUAGAAUUAACCUAAAUCAGUGAUAUCUUCAUUAGGUCUUUGUUCUCCGUAUGUCAUAGCUGUGGGAUGAAAAAACUGCGACCCAGUUUGCAACAUGGAUUCUUAAUAAAUAAAGUAAUCUAUUAUUAGCAUUAACUUCCCUCAUUUUAAAAAAUGUCAACAGAUUUGUGUUUUGGAGCGGAUGUUUUCACCAGACAGCGAGCCCAUACUUUAUCCCGAGAGAUUACAAUGUGGAUACUGGCUUGGCGGUUGUUUCUUAUGAUAAUAUGAUUUCCUCAAAAACAGCAACAAAAAUAUGAAUUUCAAAUUAUUUCAACAUUAUUCGCCAUGUGAAUUUGUGAAAUAUUUUUGUUUACAACUAACCUAAAUAUCAGGACAACAGUGGAUAUUGUUUUAGCACAGAAUAGCAAUAAUUCCCUGAUUUUAAUACUGUAUAUAACGUGGCACAGUCUUUAUACUGACCUCACAUCCAUCAUAAUCGUAGUAUAUUAUAACCUGACCAAUCGCUGUCCGCCCAGAGAGCCAGCAUUAUGUUAUAUGAUUGGUUUAGGUUAAGUUAGUUUCCAUGAAGUUAGUUGGCUAUGUUGGCUAUGGUCAUUAGUUUCCACAGACCUUGUUGGGAAAGUAUGAAUAUGUGUUGCAAUAAUAAUGACAGUGUGCAACUGUCACUGCUAUGUUCUUUCUACCUGUCACAAAAACAGUUUUUUUUACUUAUUUUGUAUGAAAUAAAUGUGUACAACAUCCUU